AUGAAAUCAAAGAAGUCUUGCCGCUUUGCAGCCGUUGCUCAGUGCAUAUGUUUGCUACUAUCAGCACAAACAGCAUUCGCAAGUGAAGUCAUGGGAUGGUCAAAAAGUGGUGAAUAUCAAAACGUCAACAAUUCAAACAACAGCAAAAAUAACGAUGGUUUCUACUUUUCCGAAUCCAGUCCUACUGGCGAUGCCUUGUUCAUGGUUGGAAAUUCCUAUGUGUCGACGAACAACCUGACAGAUAUUAUCAAGAACAUGCUAGACCACUCCUCCUUCUCCUCUUCCGCCUCUUUGGGUGUCAAUCUACCGCUGAUAACCGAAACCUUUGACAAGGGCGGUGCCAAAUGGAGGGAUUUGACUUUUGAUCCAGCAAACUUUACGGCCACCUUGCAUGCUCAUGAAUAUCGUUGGGUCGUCUUGCAAGAACAAAGUGAAACUCCAGGUCUCUACGAUUCAAUGUAUCAAAGUGAGUUUAGCGACUCGAAAACUUCCGUCAAGACACUCGACAAUUUGAUUCGACAUAUUGGAAGUGCGCAGGGUACUACGAAUACCAUUCUCUUUCAAACCUGGGGCAGGCUCCACCACGACGACAAUCCCACACCAGAGAUUCAGGCCUUGUUUGACAGCUUUCUGCAUCAUCAGUAUCGAAUUGCCGUAGGAUAUCGAGAGUACCAAAAGUUCAUUUCCACACCCGAACGACCAGUCUUGAUUGCCCCCGUGGGCUAUGCCUUUCAAGCCAUUCACGAUGGGAUGGAAGCCGAAGGCUUGGAUCCCGAACAAGAGGGCGGUAGGUUCUCCAAUCUAUAUAUUGAAGAUGGAUCGCAUCCCAGUGAGCAAGGAAGUUACUUGGCAGCCAGCGUGUUGGUGGGAAUCUUGACGGGACAAGAUCCACGGCAAUUUGAUUGGGACUAUCCUCUUGUCCCACAAGACAUCCAAAAGUAUUUGCGUGAUGUGGCUCACGCCACCAUUAGCAAUUUUUGUCAAACCUGCAAUGUGACACCCAACAAAAUGCCCUACAUUUCACCGGAAGAACAAGCUGCCAUGGACGCUCGAAGAAGAUCUUCUUCGUUUUUUACCAAGUUUCUCCAUUUUGUAUUUUGGUGCGGAGUGAUUGGUGGAGGAGGUUUCUUGGCAAUGGUGAAGCGAGAACGGCUGCGAUUGGCCUGGAGACGGCAGCUGGUUCGCAAUGCCUGGGGUCGCUCCAGUACUGUUAGUUCCACCGGCAACAGCUUUGGGUACGCACCUCUGUCCCAAACUGUUGGUGCUGACAUGGAGUUGAUAUAG